AUGACGCAGUGGAACGACCUACCUACUCUACAAGAGCAGAUACAGCGAUGUCUUGACGAAACUGAGCAGCAAAUCAACACGAAGGGCAAAGCAUGUAGACAACAGGACCAAGUCCAGUUCUUGAUCGAAAAAACCACUAUCUACGCUAUGAUUGGUCAGGAUGCCAAGGCGCAGGCCGCUCUUGACGCCGCGUCAACAUUGGAUCAUUUCGAGUACGUCUUGUCUGGCGCGUUGGGCAAGCGGACCCGCUUCCAAGAAAAGAGCACCAGCCAGUUGGUGAUUCUCGCCAAAAGCGCGAUUGUAUCGGAGUCGUUUAUGAGCCAGUCGAAUGGGCCAGGUAUUUCGGGCACCGUGGCAGACGGGGCUGAGGACAUGGCGGCAGCAGCUGUUCCCCAGGCACUGCCGUUGAACAACGACACGCUGUUGGAGAACAUUGACUUUACGGAUGCGAGAAUGGCCCUGUCCAAAACAGCCGAAGAAGACGUGAAUAACGCGCAAGACCAAGCGCCAUCCCCGGUCAACGCGAUCCCGGCCUCGCUGCGAGACCUCUCUCCUGAUGAUCAACCGCAGCUGUCACCACUGGACCAAAUCAUCCUCCUCAGUGUCGCCACUCUUAAAGACGCUUUCUCUCCGGCCGACGCUCUCACGCUGGAGGAGAUUUUACCAUACGCAUCGCGUGUUCUUGCCGAUAAGUCGACAAACUGGCAGAUUUACUCCCAAGCUUUGAUCGUACGCUCGCGGAUCGAGCUCCACCGCAGUCGCACGGUCGAGCGAGGAGUGCUUCAGAUGCAGGCCAUGGUCGAUCAGGUAGUUGUAGACACAGCAGCGGCAGAGGUCACAGGAGUCACAGACGCUACAAAGACCCAGAUUGGGGUAGUAACAGAAAUCACUGAUGACGAUGAUGGCGGGAACGCAAUACCGGCUAUCGAAGUGACGGCGCCAGGCGAAGCAAAGCAAGUCGACAAACAAGCCAACCUGCCCACAUCAUUCUUCCCAGCACCCAAGCCAAGUGAACAGGCACCACCUCAGGUCCGACUACGAUAUAUCCACGCGCUUGCUACGCCUCCGAAGUGGCAUCUAGAAGCGGAGCUUGCCUUUGCCUGGGCAAGUGUCGGCUCCCUCAUCUCCGCGCUUGAAAUUUUCAAACGACUGCGGCUUUGGGCAGAAGUCGCUCUCUGUCUUGCGAGCAGCUCUGCUAUCGAUGAUGGAAACGGUCGUGGUACCGGUGGCGAACAGAAGGCACGGGGCCUACUCCGGUGGAAGCUGUUCCAGGCAUCGGACCCUUCUUUGGAACCAAGGAGUGGUGAGGACGGAGCUGAUUUGGACGUUAUGUCUUUGAAUGGUUCCGAUUUUGACGGCCCCGAGCGCGAUCCCCCUCCUGCUAACGCUCCCCGACUCUUCUGUAUCCUGGGAGAGAUCGAGAACGAACCCAAAUAUUACGAGAGGGCAUGGGAUUUAUCGAACGGCCGAUACUCGCGAGCGCAGCACUCCCUUGGCGAGCAUUACCUACAGCUGCAAGAGUGGGAGAAGGCGCUUGAUGCAUAUAAAAAGGCCGUGUCGGCGAACCGUCUGAACUCGCAGUAUUGGAGCCGACUGGGCGACAUCAAUCUUCGCUUAGGUUUAUUCUCUGAGGCUGCCGAGGCUUUCAGCCGCGCCAUUGGUGCGGCGAGUGGCGCUGCUGGAGGCGAGGAUGCGCGGACGUGGAGUAACUUGGGUAGUGCCCUUUACAGCCUGUACACGCAGACUAUGAAAGAGCGCCGGGACGAAACCAUGCUUAAGAAGGAGAGCGCUGACCAGGACGAGGCAGCGCCCCCUUUCUCAGCGGCGGAUGAUAGUGAUGACGAGGACGGAAACAAUGAGCCAGAGGCAGCCGAAGAUGCUGCCGCGAUGGCCAAGAGAGACCCUGCGAAACUGCUGACACAGUCUCUGACGGCCUUCAAGCGUGGCGCCACGAUCUCACAUGACAACUGGAGAAUUUGGGACAAUGUUGUGACGCUUGCAUCCCGUGUGCGGCCACCGGUAGUCAGCGAUAUUACUCUGGCCAUGCGCAACAUCCUGACCGUGCGCAGUACGGAAGAAGCCAUCGACAUUGGUGUUGUGCGCCUGUUGCUGAAUGAGUCAGUACUGAGCAAACCCAAGCCGGUCGGCGGUGUGCCGCCUCGGGGUUCGCAGGAGAAGGCUGUUUGCGACCUGGUCGAGAACAUUUUUGUGCCUAUGAUUACGAAGCGAAGUGAGCUGUGGGAGCUCGUCGCUCGAGAACGUGUGUGGCGCGGCGACUACGCAGGUGCUAUCGACGCAGCCGAAAAGGGCUGGCGUGCGGCUGUUGGCGGUGCCAACAGCGGUGCGCUCGGCUCGACGAUGGCCGAGACCAAACCGGGCGAAGUCAGCGAUGAAGAGAAGCGCAACUGGCUUGAAAACAGCGAUGCGUGGGACAACGUUGUGGCCCGCACUGAUGAGCUUGUAUCGAUACUGGAGAAUUACGGACCCGAUGCUGCUACAGUUGGCUCACGGUGGAAGAUGAAGGCGCGGAGUGCCCUGCGCAGCGUAAUGGGCAAGGGCAAGGAGUGGUGGGAAGGCAGCGAUGGAUGGAAAACACUGGAGAACCUUCUCGAGGGACUGAAAUAG